CUUAUUGAAUGCAAUAACGAUCAGGAUAUUCAAGAAGAAUCGAAUUAAGUUGAAAAAUUUAUGAACAUUUUAAAUUAAGACCAAAACCAGGUCUUGUAUUUAGAAUUAAAGAUUGAUUGAUAACCUAAAAAAAAGAAAAAAAAUUGAUAAAACUUUGAAGUAUAACCAUUAAAAGUUUAAAAAUUAAUCUCCUGUCUUGUGCAUAUGUUCUAAAGAAUAAUAAGGGAGAAGUAAUUUUGUAUAAAGGUGAAUUAUAACAGGACAAAAAAAGAAUUAUAUUUUGAUAUGAAGUAACUGUAUGAGAUGAUGUAAUCUAUAUCAAAAGAAGGCUAAUUUCCUUAGAAACCUCCUUCAUCUAAGUAAAAUUAUUUAUAAUCUUUUAUUCAAGUGUGUUUGAUUGUAUUAUAAAUAAUGAUUAAAAUAAUAUGGAUUGUAUGUAUAAAUUACUCUCAUAAAAAUGUUUGGAUUUAAAUUAACUAAUAAAAAUAAAAAAAAUUAUCUAAAGUAACAAUUUAUAUUGGUCUUAUGUGA